AUGUCUGGCAAGGGCUGGACUGACACUGAGAAGGUCGGCUUCUUCUUCCAGAUCAUUGGCAAGAUGGGCGGCAGCAUUCCAUGGGGCGAGCUCGAGCUGCCAGAAGGCCGCACUCAGAAGGCCUGCCAGGUCAUGAUUGACAAGGAGAAGGCCAAGAUCCGCAAGGCGAAGGAGGCAGAGGCUGAGGCCAAUGGUGAGGAUGUCCCAGCCACACCAAAGACUCCCGCUUCUGGCAAGAAGCGCGGUGCCAAAGCCGUCGACGAAGAGGACGGUGCUGCGAAGAAGAAGCCAAAGACCCCACGCAAGAAGAAGGAGUCGGCCAGGGAGGAUUCUAGCAGCGAAGGCGGAGACGGUGCAGGACUGGUAAAGUACGAGUCAGCGGACGACGGUUUGGUGUGA